AUGAGGAUGCAAUACCUGCUCCCCACUCUGCUGUACCUCUGGCUUGUGCUGCUGGGGCCUGGCGGUGAGUGUUUGGCCAUGCCAGCUUGGGCCCACAGAGAUGGAGUCAUUGUAUUGUCUGUCCCUGAAGUGGUUUCAUUAGAAAGUGGAAGUUCAACAAACGUCACUAUCUCUCUGAGGGCUCCAUUAAAUGAGACACUGGUGAUAACUCUUAAUAUUACACACUCAUCAAAACACAGCACCAUUGUUGAACUGCCUGAUGAAGUACAAUUGCCUGCAGGUCACACUAAAGCAGACUUCCAAGUGAAAGCAGAUGAUGUUGGACAAGUAACAGUUUAUCUUUAUACCAUUAAUUCCAACUUAACUGGACCUAGGAUCCAAUUUCAAGUGAUUCAUAGCAUCAUAGUGAGAUACGCUGAUGAGGUGAUUGGCUGGAUCUAUUUCCUCGCCUGGUCUAUCUCCUUUUAUCCUCAACUCUUUGAGAACUGGCGACGAAAAAGUGUGGUUGGACUAAGCUUUGACUUUAUAGCAUUAAACCUUACUGGCUUUAUAGCAUACAGUGUGUUUAAUGUUGGACUUUUCUGGAUUCCCUUGAUUAAGGAGGAAUUCUUAGUCAGUUAUCCCAGUGGGGUGAACCCUGUGGCUAUCAAUGAUGUUUUCUUCAGUCUCCACGCAGUAGCUCUAACCCUCCUCACCGUAAUUCAGUGCUGCAUCUACGAGAGAGCAAGUCAGAAAGUAUCCAAAGUUGUUGUUGGACUACUGGCACUCGCAUGGAUAUUCACAUUUACAACACUGUUUCUUGCUGCAGCUGAGGAAAUGACGUGGCUACAGUUCUUAUUCUGCUUCUCUUACAUUAAGUUAGCAGUCACACUGAUAAAAUAUUUUCCACAGGCAUACAUGAAUUUCCGUCGGAAGAGUACUGAGGGAUGGAGUAUUGGAAAUGUAUUACUAGACUUCACUGGUGGCAGCUUCAGCCUUCUCCAGAUGUUUUUGCAGUCAUACAACAAUGAUCAGUGGAAGUUAAUCUUUGGAGAUCCAACCAAGUUUGGCCUGGGUGUCUUCUCCAUCAUCUUUGAUGUUGUUUUUAUGGUCCAGCACUACUGCCUUUAUAGGAGACGAGGGUAUGAACCUUGUGAAUAACAUCACUCAUGAAGACAAAAACUUUAACUGGAACUUGCCCCUACCCUGGCUAAGGGCUUUCAAGAUUCCUACUGCCAAUUACCAGAAAUACUGAUUCUGUUUGAUCCUCUCUGGUAUGGAAUACAAGCUGUUGCCUUGCCAAAUGCUGAUUGCCAGAUGCCUUAAAGGACAGCAAGCUAUCUAGCCACCACUUGCAAAUGGAAGAUUCAUGCCUGUUGAAGCUGCAAAGACAGAUUAGCGUGAGCUGUCCAAGCAACAUGUGGCUCUUUUUCCAUUAACAACAGGAAAGAGA